AUGUGCGCUAACUCGUGCUGGCCGAAUGGGCAAAGUUGGAAACACUAUUGGCCUGGUAGGAUCGUAUCUUUAAUUGCUGUCGUUCAGCUUCUUGUUUCAUUUGCUGUUGUGGGACUUCAUAUUGCUAUUGUUACUAUUGGUUUAGUUUCCCUUUGUGCUGUUUUCAUGAGUUGGUAUGUUAUCGGCUUUAUUUGCUGGGGAGUUUCCAUGACAUGCUGGAUUUCAAUGUUCUGUGUCAGUUGCUGUAAUCGAUCAUCUGUUGCCUGUGCAACAUAUGUAAUGAUAACAAAUGUUCUUACUUUCAUCUUCGCAGCUGUACUGAUCAGUUUUGAUAACAACUUUAUUAAUGGUCUAUUGCCUCCAAAUUCUGUUACGAUCAGCCUUGACUGCAUAACAUCAUAUCAGAAUACGGGCAAUAUGUCUUCAAUUUUUCUUGGAAUAACCAAAGGACAAUUAGCUGGCGCCGUUAUCAUGCUUGUAUUAUCUCUGCUUUUCAUUGCUAUUUAUAUCUAUGUAUACAUACGAGCAGUACUCGAUGAUGAGCACAGACCGAAUGAUGAUCUGCGAUGGACAGGUCAACAUGCACCCAAUCAGAUUCCAGGUUACGGAAUGUCAACACAGCAUACAACUCCUGCAUUGCCACUGCAGCCAGCACAAACAGUUUAUUUGAAAUCUAAUAAUGCUCGCUAUGGCAAUCAGUCCCCAGAUAUCAUUUGUCCUAGUUGCGGAGCAGCAUUGAAAGUAAUUGAACAAUUUUAA